AUGACCACAUCGACAGGUCAUACCUCACUAACACGAUGGACGAAGACCCGUUAUCACAAGUUAUAUAUUAUUAUUCACGCUAUCUCUGCUUCUGCUGUUGACAUUCAACAUUUUGAGCGCGCUCGUACUGCUAGUCGUCGGGGCACAGGCCUUCUAUUCUCCUGUACGGCACACAGCUAUACCAGUACCUGUACUCCUGAGCCGACGGCCCUUUCGCCCACAUCCACCCCUUGGUAUACUGAAAGCAUAACCGCCAGCACCACCACCGUUUGUGUGCCUCCGCCUGAAAGUGUGCCUCCGCCCGAAAGUGUGCCUCCGCCUGAAAGUGUGCCUCCGCCCGAAAGUGUGCCUCCGCCCGAAAGUGUGCCUCCGCCCGAAAGUGUGCCUCCGCCCGAAAGUGUGCCUCCGCCCGAAAGUGUGCCUCCACCCGAGACUAUCAUAACGUCCAUACCAUCGGUCUCAGCAACCUCAUUGAGUACUAUAAUCACAAUUACUUAUGUGCCGACGACCAUCACACCCUCCCCGAUUACUCCCCCAAACCCAUGUCCGACAUAUUGCAGCAUCUCCGCCGGCACCGUCAACUUAUUCUUUUGGCCAACGAACGAGCCAUACACGUACCCGUCCACUUAUGUUGACACACACCUCGAUUACACAUUUACCUCGCCGUCAGUGUACAUGGUCGUUAACACCAUCUUUGGCUACAACACUGCAGGUCGCACUGGGCCUUCCGGCACUAGUGUAGUAUUUGCCCUUGACUUAGACCAGGUAUCCACCAUGGUUCCUGACGAGUCAGUCACACGACAGCUUACUUUGAGCGAUCUGGGUACCGACUGCCCUCAAACGGAAGCUGCCUCAGUGAUCGCAACGGCGGCACCCGACGGCCGGUGUGAUCCUAUCCUUGUGGCCCCGGACCCUGUCAAAUCUUGGGCCUCGCCGUGUAAUGCGUGCGGUGCAUUUGGGCUGUUUGAUCCUCCGUAUGCCGUUCCUCCGCUGAUUGGAGGUCUGGUGCCCGGGCCAACGACGAUUACCAUGGCCCAGCCAGAGCCACAAACUACUACCAGUGUCAUUCCUGCCACGGACUACACCACCACAACGCCGGCGGUUACGGAGGCCACUGCUUCUAAUGAGGCACCGCCUCCGACUUUGACUCCGUUGCCUAGUGCUAGCUCGGUCGCUACUUCGUCAUUAUCGCUCGACUCAGACUCAAACCCGACCACUACACCCGCGAUGGCCGCAUCAGCGGUAAAGGUGAUAGGUGGACGCGCUUAGGCUGCACCUAUUCGCAUCCGUGGAGAUGACCCAACCGACUAUCUGACAUCAAUCUACACCCAAUGGGCUCAGAUCGGAAUCAUGUUUCUUAUCUACAUAUUUUUCCCAGAAUCUCCAGCUUGGUGCGUGAAUGCCGGAAAGGCAGACCGAGCCAAGAAAGAACUCCUCAAGCUCAACCGCGGAGUGCCCAGUUACGACUCGGAGGGCAAUUUCAAGUCCGAACAGCGUCGAGAGAAGUGGUACGGGAUUUUUGAAGGUACAAAUGGUACAAAUGGUCUUCGCACUGCUAUCUCCUGCUGGACCAACCUCACCCAGCAGUUGAUCGGUCUUAGCAUCUUCGACUGCGGACUGGCUAUCAAUGGUGCGACUGGUUGGGGAUAUAUCGGAGAAAUUUCGUCCCAACGACUCAGACCAUAUACUGCUGGCUUUGGAGCGGCAGUUACUUGUGUCGCUGGCGUUGUAAUGAACGUCCUCAUCCCAUACAUGACAAACAGCAGCUAA